CGCGACGGCAUGGGUGCGCUGACAAAAGGACGUUACCUCUCCGCCACGAGCCUCGUGCUCCUCGUUUCGUGCACGGCAUCGGUGAUCUCCAAAGGUGCCACGGGGGAUGCACAGCCGGACUCGUUGCCCUCAGUGCAGAGCACCCUGCCGCACUUCAUCCAGGAGCCAGAGGAUGCCUACAUCGUCAAGAGCAACCCCAUUAAACUGCACUGUCGAGCCGCUCCGGCCUUGCAGAUCUUUUUCAAAUGUAACGGCGAAUGGGUGCACCAGAAUGAGCACUUCUCCCAGGAGUACAAGGAUCUGAACACCGGGCUGAAGGUACGUGAGGUGAUGAUCAACGUUUCCCGUCAGCAGGUGGAGGAUUUUCAUGGCCCCGAGGACUACUGGUGUCUCUGUGUGGCCUGGAGCCAUCUUGGCACCUCCAAGAGUCGCAAGGCUACUGUCCGCAUUGCAUACCUGAGGAAAAACUUUGAGCAAGACCCCCAGGGGAAGGAGGUGCCAAUCAAUGGGAUGAUCGUCCUGCACUGUCGCCCUCCAGAGGGAGUUCCUGUGGCUGAGGUGCAGUGGCUAAAAAACGAAGAGUCGGUGAGUUCCCUGAUUGAUGACAACAUCGACACCCGAGCCGACCACAACCUCAUCAUCAACGAGGCGCGUCUGUCUGAUUCAGGCAACUACACAUGCCUGGCAAGCAACAUCGUGGCCAAGAGACGUAGCGCCACUGCUGCUGUCAUCGUUUUCGUGAACGGUGGAUGGUCGCUGUGGACGGAGUGGUCUCCCUGCAACGUGCCAUGUGGGCGGGGCAUCCAGAAACGAUCUCGAACCUGCACUAACCCGGCGCCUCUCAACGGUGGCGCUUUCUGCGAGGGCAUGUCGGUGCAGAAGAUCACCUGUAACUCGCUUUGCCCAAUCGACGGCGGGUGGGACGAGUGGACUGAAUGGACAGUGUGCAGCAGCCAGUGCGAGAGGCAACGGAGCCGUGAGUGCAACUCGCCGGCGCCCCGACACAGAGGCAAGAUGUGCGACGGGAGCAGCGAGGCCACGGAGAACUGCACAGAUGGACUGUGCACGCAGAAUCGAAAGCUGCUACAUGACGUUAAACCUCAAAGUAUGGACAGCUCCAACGACGUAGCUCUGUACUCGGGCUUGGGUGCAGGCAUCAUUGCCGUGGCCAUUCUGGUCGUGGCCAUCAUGCUGUACAGGAAGAACCACAGCGAGUACGGCGUGGACGUUAUAGAUUCUUCUGCGCUCGCUGGCGGGUUCCAGUCUUUCAACUUCAAGACCACAAGACAAGGCAACCCGCUGCUUCUCAACUCCUCCAUGCAGCCAGACUUAACGGUGGGACGGACGUACAGCACACCCCUCUGCUUCCAGGACAGCGCAGACAAAGAGCUCUUUGACCCCCUGCCAGACAUCAAGGUCAAAGUUCAGAGCUCCUUUAUGGUCUCACUAGGUGUGGCUGAACGGGCAGAGUUCCACACCAAAGGCCCUGCAGAGACGUUCCCGCGGGACCUGAGCAGAGACUACUGCAGUACUGUGGACAGACGCAAGAAGGGCCUCCUCACUCUCAAUGGGCCCUUCAACAUGGCGAAAGAGGAGCCUAGGACCACCGGCAAGUUUGGACACCCUGGAGGACGACUCGUGGUGCCAAACGCAGGGGUCAGCCUGCUGGUGCCUCAUGGUGCGGUGGCUGAGAAUCUGUCCUGGGACAUGUACAUGGCGAUCAAUCAGGCCGAGGCAAGUGUUCAAACACCAGAAGGCUGCGAAAUCCUACUGGGUCCAGAGGUGACGUAUGGUCCUCCGGGCCUGGACCUCUUCUACCCGGUGGCCAUGACUAUACCUCACUGCGCUGAAGUGGAUUCUGAGAACUGGAACAUCCAGCUCAAGAGGAAAACCCAGGACAGUAAAUGGGAGGAAGUGAUGACGGUGGAGGAGUCGUCUACCUCCUGUUACUGUCUGAUGGACUCGACAAGCUGCCACUUGCUUCUGGAUGAGCCGGGCUCUUACAUCCUGGUUGGCGAGCCUCUGACCCAGGCUGCCGUUAAGAGGCUGAAACUAGCCGUGUUUGGGAGCAUGAAGACCGGUUCCAUGAACUACAGCCUGCGAGUGUACUGUGUGGAUGACACACCACACGCUUUUCAGGGAGUGGUGGCUGCAGAGAAGACCAAAGGUGGUCAGCUCCUCGAAGAGCCAAAGAUGCUGCCUUUCAGAGCGAACACCUUCAGCCUCCAGGUGUCAAUCCAAGAUGUUCCCCAGUUCCUGUGGAGCAUCAAACCCUUUACCACGUGUCAGGAAUUCUCCUUCCCCCAAGUGUGGUGCAGCAACCAGCAGCCCCUGCACUGUGCCUUCUCUCUGGAGAGAUACAGCACCGCCACCGCUCAGCUCUCCUGCAAAAUCAGCGUGCGCCAGGUCAAAGGCCAUGAGCAGAUUCUGCAGGUGUACACAGCUGUGGCCGAGACUGAAAAGGAGUCGGGCCCAUUUUUUAAGCAGACAGACUGCACCAUCACGUCGCAGACGGGGCCCAAGGCCUUCAAAAUCCCCCUGUCCAUCCGCCAGAGGAUCUGUGCCACCUUUGACACUGCCAACGCCAAGGGCAAGGACUGGCAACUCUUAGCCCAGAAACUCCACUUAGAUCGAAACCUGGGUUAUUUUGCAAAGCAGCGGAGUCCCUCAGCGGUCAUACUGAGCCUGUGGGAGGCUCGCCACCAGGACACUGCUGACCUGAACUCACUAGCUAGUGCUCUCGAAGAGAUCGGCAAGAUCCAUUCCAAAAGCUCACCCAAGGAAGAGGAUGAGCAUGAUUCUGACUUCAGUCACAUACAAGCAGGAAGCCAAUGUGGAAUGGGAAAACUCUCCAGUACUCAGUCCGAGGAUCCCGCUCCUGAAUCUACAGGCUGACAUGGGCUUGAAGUCCAGAAGUGAGGCAAGUAUAUGUGCACACACACACGGCCAGUGAUGGACAACACACUGUGGUGCAGCGCAGGAAGGUCAUGACACUGCCCGUGAGAGGACGGAGCGGUCGACGUGCCGAACCGUCACAACU